AACGGGGCUUACAUCUGGAAUGAUGCCCUCUUUGCCCCAACGCCCCCUACUCGUUCCUCCUCUCCGACUCCGGCACCGGACGUGAACGUAUUCGGCUUUCCCGUCCGCCGACCGAUACCAUGCCCUGUGCAUCUUGUCCUAUCCAACGCCAAUCCACGCAACGGCGCGAGGUCAUGGCUUAAUUCCACCCUGCACCCACCCCUUCCUCUUCCGUGAUCGGCGACUCCCUCGCCGCUUCCUCGCUUCGCCACCUCGUCCUCCCCUACUCGUCAUCGCACUUCUAAUUCCCGCUAGGUCGCGAGUCAACGACCUGCCGCAGCUUCCGUGGUGCGUUCCUUCGCGCUCCUCUCCUCCUUGGACCUCGUGCAGCUCCCCUCCCAGUUACCUCGAGGACGCAACCUUCUACCAGAGGGCUGCAGCAACCCCCUUUCUCUUUCGCUGACUCCUCGGCCUCCCUCCAUCAACGCACGCGUCCGACGAGGUGCUUGAGUCGUAGAGGAUCUUCUCAGGUGCCCGGAGACCUGACUGGAAUUCUCGGUGCCUUCACAUUGAGGACUUGGUUUCUCAGAAGCAAAAGAUCGGAUCAACUAUCGUGCCAAUUGUCUUGCUGCCUCCUUUCAAACAUCUUGUGCUUUGCAAGUUUUUCCAUUCUUUGCUGUCAACAGAACAUCUUCCCCUGCCAUGGAUCCUACCAUAAUGAAGCUCCUUGAAGAGGAUGAGGAUGAGAGCAUGCACUCUGGUGCUGAUGUAGAUGCCUUGUCAGCAGCAUUGAACCGUGAUAUUGGCGGUGAUCAAGCUAUGGUUGGCCCGCCCUUGGACCCUGAUGCAGGUGCACCGAUGCAAGCAGGCAGUUUACAAUCUGAACAAGUAAUUAGACAGUGGAAAACGUCCAGUGAAAUAGGAAAUGACCAGCAUACUGAACAAAAAGAACAAGACCAACCUUUACAAUCAUCAGAGCAGCAUUCAUCUGGAGGUGAAUUGGUUCAGACAAAUUCUGCUCCUCAACCUCGAGUGGAGCAGUUCAAUAAUCUAUCAGAACAAGACCAGAUGACUCUUAAGCAAGAGCUUUCAGACUCAAAUAACUGUCAGCAACACUCAGAAGCUAAUUCACUUCAACCUGUUCAAAAGCAACUGGUAAAGAAACCUGAGCAAAGUAAUAUGCCAGUCUCAGAUACAAUUGAGGACACAAAUCAAGAUGUUGCCCAGCAUUCUGAGAAACAACAACAGCAGCAGCACAGUGUCCAGCAGUCAAGCAAUCAACAAACAUCAAACACAGCAAAUGCUGCUAUUCAGCCUUCUGAGAACCAACAACACCACAUAAUGCAGCAGUCAAAUAAUCAGCAAACACCCAGUUCUAGUCAAUCAAACAUGGCAUUAAGAAAGACUAAAGCUGCUUCCUCCAUACCUUUCCAUAUGCUGAUUCCAAUUCUACGGCCUCACCUUGACAACGAUAGGUCCAUGCAGCUACAGUCUAUUUUCGCUAAACUUAGGAAUAAUGAAAUCAGCAAAGAGGACUUCUUGAGAGUGAUAAGGAAUAUAGUUGGUGAUCAGAUGCUUAGACAAGCAGCUCAAAAGGUACAAAUGCAGCAGCUUCAGGUGAAGACUGCUCAAAAUCCACAGUCAAACACAAAUCCAUUUUCAUUACCAGCUCAAACUUCCUCGCAGCAAGUUUCUCCUGGUGGUGUACAACAGAUAACUGGAGCACGACCAUUUCCUGCACUCCACUCCUUACCAGCACAGAAUCUCAAAGUCCCUGCAUCUUCUCCUGGUCAACCUCAUGUUCCUGGCUUGCGUCCUAGCACAGGUCCUCAAGAAGUUGGGAUUGGGUCAGAUGGGAAAGGUUCCCAUUCUGUUCAAAAUUAUACUACCAGCAUGAAUUUGUCCAAUUCUGAGAGGGAUGGGUCGAUUGGUUCAACACUGCCAGUUAACAGGCCACAACAGUUGCAACCAUCUAUUUCAGUGCCUGGUAGCACUAGUAGUUAUAAUACCCAUACCUAUCCUAGGCCAUCUAUGAGCUCCUCGACUUCUCUCAGACCCAAUCUAGAUUCACAUGCAAGAACAGUUUCACAUACUCAGGGACUUGUUUCGACCCAAAUAAGACCAACUCAGGCCAUGAAUAUAGUAAAAAUGCCAACAUAUGAAUCAAGUUCUAAUAGUGAAACCAAGAGACAGCAAACUGGUUCCUUGACAAACCAUUCGACCUCCCUACAUAACCCAAUUACUUGGCAGAUGUCAGCAAACAAAGAUCAAAAAAGUACUGGAUUGCAGUCAACUUCUUAUGUAAAACAAGAGAUGGUUGAUCAAACAUCUGAAUCUGCAAAUAAAAUUCAAUUUUCAUCUUCAGAGACCACUUCAUUCAGUACAUCACAUUUUAACCAAGGAAAUUCUGCAUUUGGUUCUUCAAGUAUGAUGGGAACAAAUCAGGUUUCAGGCUCAGUACCUAACCAAGCAGAUCAGAAUAUGCAGGUGACUUCUGCAAUUCCACCCCAAUCUGGAGCAACCACAAAAACUCCCUUAAAGAAACCAUCUGCUGGCCAGAAGAAACCACUUGAUGCACUAGGUUCAUCUCCACCCAUGUCCAGCAAAAAACAGAAGACUGCUGGUGCUUUUCUUGAUCAAAGCAUCGAACAGCUAAAUGAUGUUACUGCUGUUAGUGGAGUUAAUUUAAGGGAAGAGGAAGAGCAGUUAUUAUCAGGUCUGAAAGAGGAUAGUCGAGCUUCAGAAGCAACUCGAAGGGUUGUACAAGAAGAAGAAGACAGGUUGAUAUUGCAGAAGGCCCCCCUUCAGAAAAAGCUAUCAGAUAUCAUGUUGAAAUGUGGUUUGAAGACUAUUGGUGGUGAUGUGGAGCGUUGUCUAUCAAUGUGUGUCGAGGAGCGAUUGAAAGGUUUGAUAUCUUAUCUGAUAAGACUGUCAAAACAGAGGGUUGAUAUUGAAAAAUCUAGGCAUCAAUUUGUCAUCACAUCGGAUGUUCGACGCCAGAUUUUUUCAAUGAAUCAGAAAGCCAAGGAAGAGUGGGACAAGAAGCAGGCUGAAGAGACUGAAAAACAUAGGAAAGUAACUGAAAUGGAUGGAAACACAGAAGCUGAUGCAGACAAGGACAAAGGGGAUCGUUCUAAAGCCACGAAGGUUAACAAAGAAGAAGAUGAUAAAAUGAGAACCACAGCUGCAAAUGUUGCAGCUCGAGCCGCUGUUGGUGGAGAUGAUAUGCUGUCAAAGUGGCAACUCAUGGCUGAGCGAGCUCGUCAAAAACAUGAUGGUCCUGAUGGGGCUUCUGCUUCCCAGCUAGGUAAAAGUGCAAACAGUAAAUCUUCACUGAACUCUGGAAGAGGUCCCAGAGAAAAGCAUGAAUCAGAUAAGAAAGGCUCUUCCUUGUCAACAUCUGGUGGUGCGAGGAGAUUUGGGAGGAACAAUGCCCUGGCCCAUCCAAAAGUUGCACGUAACAUCUCCGUUAAAGAUGUGAUAGCGGCCCUUGAGAGGGAGCCACAGAUGUCGAAAUCAUCUUUGAUUUACCGCCUGUAUGAGAGAUUGCCCAGCGAUUCUCCGGCAGAAUAGCUAAGGGUGAACUUCAUCUCUAUUAAACAUGUGAUCAGCCGUCCUUGAGAGGAAACCAGGAUACCGAAAUCAUCGCCUGUACGAUAGAUCAUCCAGUGAUUCUGCAACCGAACAGUCUAUGGAGAGCUUGAUCUCUGUUCAAUGAUGUUUUAAUGUAUUUUCUGAGUACAAAAGUUUCUGCAACAAUUAAUUGUGGUUAUUUAAAUUAUCGAACUCUGGACGAUACACUGACACUGAAGGCCUGUAUUUAAUGGAAAUUGAAGAGCAAUUCUGCAUUA